AUGCGGUGCCUCCUGGUGGCUCUCCUGCGGGAGGCCGGGGCUCUGCUCCGCCGCCGGUCCCGCUCUGGACCGCUGCUGCUGCUCGGGGUGGCGGUGUGUCUCUUCUAUCAGACCCUGAUGGUGGCCCGGAACAGGCUCCGGUCCGGACCGCAGCAGCCAGCGGCAGAUGUGAGGUGCAGGAGGCCGACAGAGGAGCUAUUGAUGGAGGAGACCAGGAUGUUCAUCUCUACUCUGGAGGCCAUACAUAAGGAGGCACAGGUGAGUUGACUUGCUCUACAGGUGGGGGGUGUGCAGAUCUGACCCAACUACAAAUCAAAAACUGAAAAAGUUCAGUUUGUAGUUUGUGUUUGAGAUGAAGUUCUGCACAGAUACCGAGUUGAACCAAAAAUAGUACUGAUUUUUUUUUUCCUCAAAAAAUUGAGUUGAACCCUUGUAGGUGUGAGGCUGCCUCUGUAUGUGAAAUACUGUAAUGUUAAGGACAUCAGCUCUAAAAGUAGAAAAACUUACUGUAACACCCACUUACUUUGUGAGACCGGCAGAUUUGAUAAACUUUGAAUGUCUUUGAGUGACAUUAGGAGUUUUUCUUCCCACAGAGAUAAUCUGAGUAUUUUAGAGAUGCUCCAGAUCCAAUCUCUCAGACACGAAAAUAAUCUGAGAUGAUUGAAGCAUCAGAUUUAGGGAAGUAGUUUCAUUUCUUUGGUUGGCUCACUAUGCUUAUUUGUUUCCACCUGUUGACCAAUCAGAGGCUGUACUUGUGAUAAUUAGAUCUGUUAAGACCAUUUACUCUCCAUUUAGUAUAGUAAGACAACAGAUAGAACUGUUUUGAAUGGUUUUAUCCAAAUCAACUCAGGGCUUCAUUUUCAUACAAGUGCAUAUUUUUCCACUUCACUGUGAAAGUUUUAUUUUAGGAUAUUGAAAACAUUAUAGUAUGUUACAAACCUCAUAGUUGCCUCAUAUUUGGGUCAAUUUGGAGGAUAAAAAUAGAACCAAACUUCAUUUUAAAAAUGUACGAUUUGUAAGGCAUGCCUAAAAGUACAGCAGCAGCAUUUAGCCAUCCCAGAUUCAUGUCAUUCAGAGCAUUAAUCUAGCACCAAUUGUAUUUAAAAGUUUCCGUUAUCUGAAAUAAAAAAUUAGCUUUUAAAAUCCAUAUAUUGAUUAAAUAAUAUCAUACAAAUUGGUAUAAGUGUAAACGCUGUAUGAACUGUCUGAGUGUUAAAACGUCAUAUUUCUAAAUGGGGUUUGGUCUGUCUGUCUCCUUCUGUCUGCAGACUCUGGGCUCCUUCUGUCUCAUUGUUUCAGUAUUUUUAGAUGAGGAGGGGAUCAAUGGCCCUCUGCUCUUGGUUUUAUUUUACUGCAGGAUGACUGACAGCUGGACCGGCCAAUCAAAUCAAGAGCUCCCUGUUAGUAUGUGUGUGUGAGGUAUUUAAAGUGUGUCCUGGUGCUGCUGAUCUAAAUAUUUGAGCCAUUAAUCAUCUAAGGAUCCAGUGUCUGACAGACGGACACACAUACACUCACACACACGCUCUCAGGUCCUGUCAGGUUGUUAAUCUGGUCUAGUUGUGAUGGUUAAACUGGUUUGUGUUUGCAGCGGAGAGUGAUAACAGCUGCUGAAGGAGCUGUCAGAUAUUUCUGUCAGAGGAAACAUGGAGGCAGAUUCAGACGCUUUGACUGCUUUAACCCUGAAAUAUGGACUGUGGUGAUCUGUGAGCUCAGCCUGAGCUAAAACAACCUGCUCACUAUAUAUCAUCCUGACUGUGACACCAAUAAUUAACAUAAAAGUGCAGCUUUAACAUGAUUUAAUGAUUCUGUCAUGUUCUCUGCAGAGCCAACUCCAUGUUUCAUCCUCAGUUUGGGGAAUUUUUCUGUGGUAGUUUCCAGACUUCUUAUCUUUGACCUCUCCUGACCUCUAACUGUAAACAAACUGACAUCAGAUUAAUCUGACUUCUCUCUGAGGGCUGAUACGAUAACAGAGGGUCCUCAAGCUGAUCCGUCAUCUUAGACUGACCUACUGAGAGUCUGAGUCUCAGCAGACGGAGCACUAACUCUGCCCUUCUCUGUGCUCUUGUUGAUUAGAAAGCAGGUGUGAUAAUCCAGGUGAGCUACAGGCACCUCUUAGAGACUGACACCUGUACACUCAGCUCAUCCUGCAGACCCAUCACUUUGUAUCUCACAUUAAAGACAUUAGGAUGUUCUCUGAGUGUAGGAUUAAAUUGGCGAGUUAAAUCAAUUUCAUUGGCCGUAUUGUGGUUACCAUGGUUACCACGCAGUUGUUAUGGGAUGUAUCAGUGUGUUUCUGUCAGCUCUCUGCUCAGUGAGCCUCCUCUGUUUACAAAGUUAGCCAGAUGCUAAAAGACGGCCAUGUGAUCAGAGCCUCAGGAGGUCAUGUGAUGAAGAUGAUGAUGAUGAUGACUCGCUUCGUCAGUCUGAGGAAUGAGAGCUCAUUAGAGUGUGUGUGUGCGUGUGGAUGUGCGCAUGUGUGUGUGUGUUUUCUUGGUCAGCCCUGUCUGCACUGAAGCUGAACUCUGUGUCCACAAAUACACAGACACACACACACACACACACACACAGCUUUAACUUUAGUACUGUUGCUGUCAUGAACUUCAUACAGUGUUACUGUAGUACUGCCUCUUUGUUUAAUGCAGUAUUCAGUCCUUCUCUGCGCCAUUAUGUAGAAAUACUCAUGUUUGUGUGUGUGUGUGAUUGUUGAACUCUGAGAGGAGAGAAGUCGACUGAUGGAGACACAAAGUCUGCCAACUUCUUACACAACACACACGCUUGCUGAAUACUAACACAUAUACACACACACACACUUAAUCUAAAAUCAACAAGUUUGUUCUGUAUUUUGUUCUCUGCAGCUCCACAAACCAGCAGAUUUUCUUCGUCUGUGGUUUUAAAUCCUGUGGUGUUUCACUGACGACCAGUUUCAUGUUUCUGCUUCAGUCAGCAGCAAACUGGACACCCUGAAAUACACUGAAAAUCUGAAACACACACACACACACACACACACAUGUAUGAACAGUAAGUGUCAGUCUGUUCAGAUUCACUUUAAACUCCAAAACAAAAUAAGUUAGUUUAAAACACUCUGAGCCUGAAAACAUCACAUUUCCUUUAAACAGUCACAACAGAACUCAGAGAGAUCCACACCAGAUUUACUCACAGAAGGGCAGCCCCGAUUGGUCAGAAGUACUCACAUCAGGAUAGCUCUGAUUGCAGGAUCUCCUUAUAAGGGCACAACGCUGGCCAAUUAGAAACAUAUCUGUUCUGUUCUUUGUUACUUGGGACUUUUUGUUCUUUCCAAAAGUUCCAGGUCAGGUUUUGAACACUGAGAUGUUUCAUCAAAUUGUAUUUCAAAAAAUGAAACACUGGUAAACCUUUUGACAAAAAGCACUGCAACAGUAGAGGAACAUUCCAGUGAAUGUUGAGUUAUAGAAAACUGGAAUCAAGAGUCAGGGAUCAGGGUAACUGUUAACUGUAUAGCUGGGUUCUGGUGUGCUAGGUACUGGACUGCUGAGUUCUCAAAUGCUGGAUUCUGAAGUGCUCAUAACUUAAAUGUUGAAAUUCAGAAUCACUGGUUUCUAGAAUGCUAAGUUCAGGAUAACUGGUAAAAAUGCUGGGUCUAGGGAAACUGGGCUCAGCGAUACUGGAUACUUGAUUGCUAUGCCUGAAGUAAUUAAUUCCAGAACACCAUAUUCUGGAGUGUUGGGGGUUUUUUUUGUAGUGCAAGGAACAAAGUGCUGAGUUCUGGAAUUCUAAUAUUUGGAAUAAAGAGCUCCAGAAUGCAGAGUUCUAGGGAAUGGGUUCUUGAGCGCCUGGUUCCAGGAUGCUGGCUUAAAGACUGCUUGGUUCUGAAACUCUGGGGUCUUGGGUGAUGGAUUGUGAAAUACUGAGUCAUGGAAUACUGAGUUUUGGAAUGCUAGAUUCUAGAACAUUGGGUUUUGGAAUCCUGGGUUCCAGAACCCUGGGUUCUAGAAUGCUACAUUCUGGAAUCAUGGUUUCUCGAAUGCUUGGUUCUAGAACGUUGGGUUAUGGAAUCCUGGGCUCUACAUUGCUGGGAUGUAGAAUAUUGUGUUCUGGAAUGCUGGGUUCUAGAUUGUUGGAAUUUAGAAUAUUGAGUUCUGAAAUCAUGGGCUCAUGAGUGCUUGGUUCCUAAAACAUUGGGUUCUGGAAUCCUGGGUUCUAGAUUGCUGGGAUGUAGAAUAUUGGGUUCAGAAUCAUGGGUUCUCGAAUGCUUGGUUCUAAAAUGUUGGGUUCUGGAAUGCUGGGUCCUUGAAUGCUUGGUUCUAGAACGUUGGCUUAUGGAAUGCUGGGUUCUAGAUUGCUGGGUUGUAGAAUAUUGGGUUCUGGAAUGCUAGGUUGUGGAGGUCUUUAAGAGAAGUGUCUUGUAGAGACAGUAGCGGACUGACCCGAAUACACUGAAUACACACUCUUUCCCACACAUUAAGUGUAUUUUUGAGUUUUUGUUGUAGCAGAAGAUAAUGGGUUUUCAUCAGGUCUGGAGUUCACCUGAACAGCUGCUGCACUCAGACAGUCAUGAUGAUAAUAUUUAUUCAUAGGCCACUUUAUCAGAGUCAGCUCUGCAGAGUUCUUCACAUCAAACCCACAGUGACCUGUGACAGAAACACAUGAUGCACUACAGAGAGACUAUUUUAAACUAUUGAUGAUAUGAACCUAUUAAUAUCAUGUGUACAUGAUCCCUGGGAACUACAGGGAUACUACUUUUAAAUAACACCAAGGGGAGGGCUCACUCUGUUGUAGUUUCCAGAAAUGGUAAAACUACAAAUUAUUAAACUCCCUGCAGUAAAAUUAAAAAUAAAAAAAGUAACAUAAUUUGACUGUCUGACCUCUUUAUGAGCCAGUAGGGAUAAUGAAACCUGCUCAAUCUGAUGUUAAAUUUUAUUUUAGAAAAUCAGAUUCAGACAUAAACUAAUACAGCUCAAGUUAAAACAUUUUGGUUAAAUAAAAAAUUGACACCGUGCCCCUAACUUGAGAAAAAAAUUCUCCAUGGGGAAUGGGGUUGUUGAAAGUUCAGUGACUCUUGUGUUUGUGUUUGUUACGUUUCCUCCCACCGUUCCUUCUCUACUCUGGCGGUCUGGUGCACUCAGAGCUAUCUGAGCUGUCAAUCAUAGUGGUUAAGUUCUUUUUAUACUAUAAAUUCAAACUAAACUUAUCAGAAAAAUGAACAUGUAACAUAAUUAAAAACAAUAAGAAAUAACUAUAAUGACCAUGAUCAUGUUUGAGAGUUACACUGCAGACAGUCAGCAGGGGGAACACUAAAUAUUUUGCUCUCAUAGAGGAUGACUGUUGUUCUCUCCAUUCUGUAUGACACCUUGCUGAAUCCAUGGAAUCUGUAUUCUGUUUGUUUACAUUCCCAAAGCACCAUGGGAGUUGUAGUUAAGGAUUAUCAUUCCACUGGCUGAUUUUAUACAAAUAUUAUAUCCAACCGUAAAAUGAUUCAGAUUUUAUGGUUUUAAUGCAGGGAGUGUGUGUGCAUGUUUGUGAACGUGUGUGAAGAGCUGCUGUCACCGAAACCCUCAUGAUUAUAUUUAGUCCAUGUUAUCUGACACACACACACACACACACACACACACACACACACACACACACACACACACACACACACACACACACACACACACACGCGCGCACACAUAUGCAGACACACCCAGAUUGUGAGCAGUUUGAUAUCAAGAGGUCAAAUCAAAGUUAAUGUAGACAGGGUGAUGUUGAUUUCAUUCUCCUUAAUGAUAUUUAAACAUUGAUGUGAAUCUGAACCUUAAUAAAAGUUUUUAUUAUUGUUGUCAGAUGGCUUAAAUAGGAUCAGAGAGUUACUGAGGUGAUCUUUGCUGCUGCUCUGCCUGCCUUGGCUUUUCAUGUUUGCACACACAAUAGGCAGAAGGUGGGCUCCCCUCACCUCAAGCUUUUGCAUUUCAACAUUAAGAUCAAUAAAAGCAUCAAAAAGAUCAAAAUCAAAUAUUUAAAUACAAAUGUGGAAUAAUGUGUUUUUUAACAGGAGAGAAUGACCUGCUUAAACUUUCUCCUUCGUUUGAAGAAUCUGCAGCUUCUCAGUCCAACUUUCCUCAUGAUGAACUCUCUGUUGUUUGAAGAGGAGCUCCCACUCUGUGAUAGUUUCCAUCUGAGAUCAAACUUCAAAGAUCCUCAAUAAAAACAGAGCCUCUCCUCCUCACAGUUUAUAUCACACUGUGAUCCUCUGAAAUCUGUCCAACAGUAAUCUCUCUGUUCAAAAACACAUUCUUUUGGUCUUAUCAGAAGCACAGGAGUCAAACCAGACCAGCUAAUCACAGCUGAAGAAACCGGCUUUCUUCACAUUUUUAUCAGCUAAUAUACACAAUUAACAUGUAAAGAUAACAGGGUGGGAAUUUUGCCUUUGUACACACAGAAUAAAACAAAAGUGACAAGAUGUACAUGUUUGUCUACAGGGGGCGCCAAAAUCAAAACAAACCCAUAGCUCAUCUCAGCAGCUUUAAAAGUCCAGGGCUCAUGUGUUCAUGUCAUGGACUAAAGUGAACUAUAAAACUGACUGAGUUAAUCUUUGUGGAAAAUCUUCUCUCAGUGUUUGACUUUAAUUGUUUUACAGUUUAAAAGACUCAAGAUCUGCAGUCUGAGUCUCUGUGCAGACGGUCUGAAUGUCCAUCACAGACUUAAAACAUGUCUCUGUGUCCCCCUCAGGUCCAGGUCCGAUCUCAGUCGCCACCCCGACGUCGUCAAGCUGUGGUUCUGACUGGUCAACGUCCGGUCUCUGACACGGAGGUCCAGCUGUACCAGAGAGUCCUGCAGCAGAUCCACUAUCAGGUCCAGAUGUCCCGCUACGCCGAAACCAGCAGCUCCCUGCGACAGAACCAAGGUAACAAUACACAGUUAAACCCGAGACAACAGACACUGUUUAUCCUGAGGGUGGCGCUGUAACAAUGACACCAUCGAGGACAAGGCAGACAUUUUUCUGUUGUAGAUUUUUAUGUCUGUAACUGCUGUAGGGGUCAGUGUUAGGGUGAGGGGGCAGGUACGCUGAAAAAAAUAGUCUUUCCCACAGCAACUAUACGCUGAGAUUUAUAAAUUAUCCUGUAAAAAAAAAAAAAAGAACAGGAGGAUCUUUUUUGUUAAUCAGCGGGAUUGAGUUAUUCAUAAUCAUCUCAGUGUGUAACAGAAACAGACUUAAAGGGAUAUUCCAGCGUAAAAUUAAUUUAGGAUCAAACACACCGUAACACCGAGUUAGACACCCCCUCGAGAGAUGAACGUUGCCGACCGCUUGUUUCUCUAGUUAUAUCAACAUUAGUAACGACCGCACGAUAGCGAUACACAGCGGUCUGAGGAGCCAUAAACAAACCUCAACCAAAACGCCACUCUAUAGCCACAAAUAAUGCUCAGAACAGCACCUAACUUUAUCAACAGUACAUAUAGGGUCCUUAAUCCCUUCAUUAUCUGUUUGAAAAAAAUAAGAUAAAAUUUAAAUUUACCAGAAAAAAAAUCUAUAUUUUUAGAUUUUUUUCUGAUUCUUUAGACAAACUACAGCUGGAACAAACUGCUCAUACAGACCUGUUUAAUGACCCCACAGGAAACACUUAACUGUGUGUAUGUGUGUGUGCGUGCGUGUGUGUGUGUGUGUGCAGGGUGGAGACUUCCUGUUGGACAAACAGAGCAGCAGUAACAGGCUGGAGUCUGACUUUAACAGUAACAUAGUUAGAAAGAACAGCAGACAGAGUUUAACUUCAGGUUUAAAGUUUGAAUUAAAUCAUACACUAAUCAUUCCCUAUUGUGGUUUUAAAUCCUGUGAUGUUUCACUGACGACCAGUUUCACUAAUCAAAAUCAUUACACUAAUGAAACUCAUCACAGCUUCAUUCAGGGCAUUUAUAACAAAAAACAUACUGUCAGAAUGGGAGACCUAAAAACAGAAAACUGAUGCAGUUGAUGCACAGACACUUAGGUUUUUAGAGCAUGAUGGAAGUUUAGACCUGUGGAUGUCUUAUAUUAAAUGAUAAUAACCAUCUAAAUAUAGAUUCAAAAUAUAAGUUUGAUAGAAGAAGAAGAACAUUAUGUCUCUUGUCUCUUUCUCUAGUUUGUUUAUAACCUGAAGGACAAGCUGUUUAAAGAACAGGUGGAAAGAUGAUUGACAGCUGCAUCUGCCUGUCAGGAGAGCACAGCAGGGGGCGGGGCUUAAUCUCUGCAGCAGGUGAAGAAGAAAGAGACAAGCAGACAGUUUUAUGACCUCCAUAAACUACAGAGACAACAGCUGAUAAGGUCACAUGAUUGAUCACAUGAUCAGUCUGUGGUCACAGUGACUGAUAGAGCAGAGGAUCAAAUCUGGUUAGAGUUAAUCAGUUUAGCUGAAAACACUGAUUGAUAAACCAGAGAAGAAGAAGAAGGUGUUGUUGUGUUCAGAGGUGCUGUUCAGCUGUGGCUCACUGUGUUAGUGUUGCUGCAGAGCUGCAGAAUCAGACCACUCUUCCUCUGAGCUCCACAAUCACUGCCACAUGUUUGUGUUCCUUAGAGAGGCCAUGUUUGGACACACUGCUUCCUGCAGCACCCCCCUUCCCCCCUCCCUCUCUUUUCUUCUUACUUUCUCUCUCUUUUCCUCUCUCUUUCUCUCUCUCUCUCUGUGAAAAUAAAGUUAUUCUCUGAACCCUGGCCUCGUGUUUAAAACCGAACAGGAAUAAUAAACGGUCUGCAGACUGAUUGCUCAGGUUUGAACUCUGCAGUGUUUAGACUGAGGGUACACACACACACACACACACACACACACAGACACACACAGAAAAACACACACAAACACUGAGCCCAGCCUCCUGCAUUAGACACACACAUGUUUUUGUGUAAGAGACGACAUGAAAUGCACCAGCCAAACAAGGAGAAUCAGAACGAGAAUCAGAAGAGAGAAUGAUUAAUGAUAUCCUGAAGCCCCCAAAACUGAAAGACCCUUUACCUUUAAGAAUAAAAGCACAUAAACUUAAAAACGAUUUGAGUAAGCCCAGAGGUAAACUGUAUACCGUUUACUAAAACAUCAAAACCACUUCAGUUUAUCCCAUCCAAGCGGCAGCCUCUGGUCUUCAGAAAUGAAGCCGAUGCUGUGACAAAAACUGCAGUUCCAAGAAUAUCCACUAGAAGCUGUCUGCAGAAGCACCACAGACCACAUAACCACUCAUUCAAAAAAUAAACAUGUUUACAACCUGUUUUUUUUUUUUUUUAACCUGCUUAUCUUGCUUUAACUCUUUUAGUGAGACGUUUCUCUUUUUUCUUUUUUUAACCAAUAACCUGUUUUUAUAUUCCUUUACAGUGAAAUUUCAUUGCUUUAAAGAUGUAGCCCUUUGAGGUCGCUUGAUGUAAAGGGCACUACAAAUAAAAUGUAAAACCAUUAUUAUUAUUUGUUUUAAAAAGUGUCAUUCAAAAGGAGUUGAUUUGACAAAUAACACAUUUGUUUGAAAGAUAAUAAAGUGACAGGAUUUGGCGACUUAGAGAAAACGCUGCCUUAGUGACAGGUGAGCACUCUUUGACUAUUUGUGAUGAUGCUAAAGGCCCUGUCUCUGAUAGGUUGAUCUGAAGUAAGAGCUUGACUUCAAUUUUAUCCUCGGAUUCUCAAAAACUAACAAACAGAAACUGACUUCCUCAGAACAACAUGAAGGUUUGACUGAUUGUAGUAAGAAUAAGAAACUUUAUUUAGACUUUUUAAAACAGACAUGAUCCUGAUCUACUGAUAUACAGAUGUUAUCCUACUCCAUGGUUACAGGCGUGACCUCCUGUCUGUAUGUCUCCAUGGUAACAGGUGCGGUUGGGUGGAGCCUGUGUCUUUGUCUGAGCGGUGCAGAGAGGAGCUGUCUGAGGAGGUUCUCCCUCUCUCACCUGCAGCUCCAUCAGAUGGUGAGACUCACCUGUUAAGCUGCUGCAGCCAAUCAGAGGCAGACUGACAGUUACCAUGGUUACUCACCUGUCUGUCUGUAUCCUCAGGUGAACCUGCUACCUGAGCUGAUGGAGGCGUUCUCUGACGCAGGCGAAGGGCUCUGUCACUUCAUCACUCACUCACACCUUACAGGUGAGUUACAUCGCAGAGGUCACUUGACCAGGUGAGCACCUGAAUAAUUAAGCAGACAAGUGAGUUAACUUACUGGAGACUGACACACCUGUCCCUGUUUUACCUAUCAGGAUCAGGAUUUCCCAUGAUACCUCACUCCUGUGGCUCGACCAGUCAAAAGCUGCAGGUUCCUGAGGAGGAGGAGAGAGAGGACAGGUGAGCUUCAGUCUGUAACCGCGAGGUAAACUCACCUGUUCUAUGUUUUCAUGUUUCCUCUUCUUCUUUACAGUCACUUACCUGUCGGAGCCCCGCCUCCUGCUCUGGUUGCCAUGGUGAAUAUUUAUGUCUUGGUGACAUCAGUGAGUCCACUCAUCUCCUUUUUGCAUGACAUCAGCGUGGUGACGACCAAUCAGGAACCGAGGGGACAGGUGGUAAAGGUGAAUUACCUUCUUUGAUACUCUGCUUCUUUUUCUUUUCUCUCCUGUUUGAUUUUUUUAAUUUUUUUUAGUUGUUUGUCCUUCUUUAUUCUUUAUUUAACUACAUUUUUAAAACAGUUUCCACCUGUUUUCAGUCUUUAUGCUCAGCUAAGCUAACAGCUGUCGUAGUUUAGUUGAUAAUUUUACUGUUUAUAAUGUCAAACCAUCAUCUGACCUUAAAGAGACGCCAAUCACCUUUUUACCUGUUGAUUUCUGAACCUCUGCUGCCCCCUGCUGGUUAAAUCUUGACAUCCUUUCCUAUCUCCUCCUCCUCCACAUCAGCUCAGGGACUUCCUGCUGCAGCAGAUGGGACCAGACAUUUCCCAAGAUGCUCUAGUGCAGGUGAAGAGGGUGACAGGUGAGGUGCUACAGGCGGCUCUGUCGACCAAUCAGAAGAAAGAAAAUCUCAACAGGUAAACAAGAAUUUGUAUUGAAUUUCACACUUUAAUUUGACAAAAAUCUCAUAUUUGAUUUAUGAAACUUUUAAUUCCUGAUUAUUGCCAUUUAAAAGAUUUAUGGAUUUUAAUAAUUUUUGUUUUUGUUAUGUGUCUGUGUUUCAGGUGUGUGUUGUGUUACCAGCUGAUGACCUUCACUCUACAGUUCAGUGGCUCCGUCUCACCUGUCGUCGUCCAGGUAAGACUGAUAAAACAGUCCAAAUCUUCUUCAGUCUCUCUGAUGGUCCACUAAAGAGAUGCUGCUGCAGUAAACAGACUCUUUAUUCAUGUUGUGUCCCUCUGUGGGGCCGCACGCCUCAGGUUGAGCAGCAGUCAGUUUACAGGUGGUCCAGGGCCUUCAUCCGCACAGUGACUUAUUUAUUUCCUUCAUUUUCAAACACUGCGCCUCUCCUUCUCUCCUCCUCUUCUUUCCUCCUCUCCUUCUUACUCCUUAUCUCUCUAUCAGAUAUUGACUGUUUGUAUUGACAAAAAGUGUCCAGCAGAGGGCAGUGUCUCCUCAGCUACACUCUGAUCGGUCGGUGUGUUGGUUGUGUUUUUCAGGUGGAUCCUGACCUGCAGUUUUCUGCUCUGAGUGAUGACACAUUUGACAGACAGAUCACCAAAGACCUCAUCCUGGAGGACAUGCUGCACUUCCUGCUGCCCUCAGAGACACACCUGUCCUCAGAUACACAGAGACAGGUGAGAUGACGCAGAGAUUUUGACAAAGUUCAAACUUUUUUUUGUGCAGCAGAAACUUAAAACCAUGAAACUUUAUCUCCUGUGAAACAAGAAUUUAACAUUUAAUAAACAAAUACAAGCUUCAUUCAGUCUAAUCAUUGUGGUGUUAUUUUAUUAACAUGCAGAUGUUAAAUAAUCUUAUUAUAAAAAUAACGUUUUAAACUCAUUUCUCUGUCUGUGUGUUAGUACGGUGGCUGCAGAGGGACACAUGGUGUCUGUUUGUCAGAGGAAGAGUUUGUUCUUCUUCUCCAGUUUCAGCAGCAGAUGAAAAGAUCUUCACCUUUUCAACUGGUAUGAAAAAUAUUCACACAUACGCAUGUCUAUUUAUUUUUUUUAACUUCUGAUUUAAACUUCUGAUCAUCAUAAAAACAGUAUAACUUGGUAGAGGAAGUUUCAACUCUUUGUUUUAAAAGCUUCCUGCCUGUGAAAUGAAAUCACAGAGUUUCAGUUGUGGUCUCUGACAUCUGCCCCGUCUCAGGGUCUAAUUCCAAAAUCUUCAUAGAGUAAUAACAUCUGAGAGUAGAUACGCCCUCUAAGCUCUGUAGCUCUAUGCAGUUUGCUCGUGUGGCAUCUCCUCUCUCUGCUGAACAGGGCUUCACUGAGCACUCUAAUCCUGACAGAGCAAAAUUAUGACCACAGGUGUGACGAGAUAAAUGGAAGGAGACACUUCUUAUCUUAUUGUGGACUAAAUUCAUCGCAGAUGCAAGACAAAUUUCACAGUUUAAUUCCGGAUUAGUUCCUUCCUGGAGGGAGUUUGCAGAAACCGGGUAGUUCAGAUGAAUGAAUGAAAUUACACCCUGCUGUACAUAAAGGAAGAGCAUGUGUGUUAAAGCUGAGCCGAAAACAAACUCAGACUAUAUGACGAUGUUUAUAAAAACUGCAGCACAAUAACCUCAAUGAUCACAGCAGACUAUAUCUAAAGCCAAACAGUAUUUAACUCUGAUUUAUUCUUUCUCUUUCUCUGUAGCUUUACCCCAGCACUUCCUCCUCCUCCUCCUCUUCCUCCUCUCCUCUCACGGUCUCAGAUCUUCUGAUCAGGAUUGCUCGAUUCUACGAGAUCCAGAAGAACCAGGGCUUCAGGUCAGAGAGUGAAUCUGUACAGUAAACAGUGGAUAUUUGUAACACCACCUGUUAUUGUUGAUCUUAUGAAUACCUAAGGAUGUUCACCUGUUUCCUACAGAGCUGAUGAGUCAGAGGAACUAACCAAUCAGGAGUCAGCUUCCUCACAGGAUGACGGUGAGACAUCUAUAAAAAAAAAAAGUCAGUCUGUCUGAGUCAAUAAACCAGAUUGAUACAUUUAUAUGAUAUGAAAGUCACUCUGAAGUCACAAGAUACUUUUAUUUUGAAGGGCAGCAACCUGUUGUUGUGCGAACACUUUACGUUGUGUCCCUGUGUUUUUCAGGUGUGUGUGUGGACCCUCACCUGAGGCAGAUCUACACAGACCCACCCCUCACUCUGACUCCGCCCUUUAGCCCCCUGGUGAAGGAGUAUCGAGCUGAGGUGACCUUUGAUACGGUGACCAUAAGAAUCCGACCUGAACCAGUCAGUUCAGUGUGUAAGGUCCACCUGGACGAGCAUCGAGGCCCCAGGUGAGACCACAACCUUUGACCCCUGACCCCUGAUUUCUGACCUCCCAGCACAGAUAACUGAUGGUCGUCUCUUCUGCAGGAUGGCGAACUACCCGGUUGGCCUCGGCAACAGUAGGAUCAGCAUCCUAGUAACUGAUGACACUGAGCUGGAGCCUGUUGUCAUGACAAUCUACACCGUGCAUGUGUUCAGAGAGAGCCGGCCCAGUCUGCCCAUGUUUGGAGAUCAUGUGACCUGCAGCUUCCUGCAGGUAGGUCCUCUUGAACACCAACCCCCUUUACCAGAUGUGAUCAUUUCCUGUUCAGUUUUGGUGACUCUGUGAUUGUGUUUCUGUGAUUUAAAGGGAUAUUCCGGUGUAAAAUUAAGUUAGGGUCAAACACACUAUAACACUGAGUUAGACACCCCGUCGAGAGAUGAAAGUUGCCGACUGCUUGCUUCUCUAGUUAUACCAACUUUAGCAACAACCACGGAUAGCAGUACAGAGAGCCACGCGUUCAACCAAAACGCCACUCUAUAGCAACAAAUAAUGCUCAGAACAGCACCUAACUUCAUCAACAGUAUAUAUAUGGUCCCAGCCAUAGUACUAGCCACCAAACAUCUUUUUAGCUUUGCCUGAUUUCUUUAGCAAAGAGACUAAACACAACUAACCAUCUCUCUCUCUCAGGAUGUCAACUUUGGAAGUAGCAUGUGUCUGCAGACCCAGAAGCCACAGACUCAGAACCGCAUUUCAGGGCUGCAAAUCUAAGACCUUAGUGCUCCUCAAGGACCACAUUUUUAGCCUCAAGCUGUAACCCCUUUAAUUUGUUUGUAGAACUAUUUAAUUAACAAACAACAGUAUGUAUCUGUUCAUGAGCAAAACUCUGCUAGAGCAAAGCUAAUGGAUGGAGUACCCCAGGGUUCAAUCCUUGGACUUCUUUUGUUUCUGAUAUACAUUAAUUAUCUACCCAGGACCUCUAAUGAUGCACCUUAUUACUAUUAUUAUUAUGCAUCUUAUUAUUAUGUAAUUUGCAGAUGAAAUACCUUGUUGCUUCCCAUGAAAAUCACAUGUCCAUGUGAAACCUCCGCACCCCUCUUUACUGACGAGUGCUUGUUUCUUCUUUGUUGGUGCCAGCUGCAGAGUGUGUUUGAUGUUUCUGUCCUCACCUGUCCUCUGACACACCUGUGGGCCGCACUCGCUCGCUCUCAGGUAGAUGAAGGGUGGAGGGCGUGUUUAUGUUGGUGUGGGGUCAGUGAGGCCCCUGGUGAGGCCCCUGCCGAACAGAGGGGACAUUGAUGCAGGGUGGGGUCUGGUCUUUGAAGUCUGAAGAUAAAACGAGAGAGGACAGGUGCUCACAGACCUGAGCUGCACAUUUUAACCUUACCUGUUCAGGUCUGUUACCUGAAGAUACACCUGAAAGUAAAGGUGAGCAGAAAUCGAACUGCAGUGUUCGAUGUUUGCUCAGUGUGUAAACUGCAGACUCACAAGCACGCCAACAUUAGAGGAAAACUUAAUUUUCAUCUCUGAGCAUGAAAAUCACAUCAACCAUUCUUCACUGCUGUUACUAUGACGACUCAGUAUGUAGCCAACCCGGGUUAUUGAGGCGUGGUUUCCACGGUAACAACACCGACUCCGAGCCAAGGGUCAGUCCCUGCAUGAUAAAGCUCUGUGUUAAGUUUGUACAUAGUUUCAGAGAGAGCAAGAAACGAAGUCUAAAAAUAAACUUAAUAAAGUUCUGAGAGUUUCAAGAAGAAGCAGCAGGAACAAACAUGAAGCAAUAUUCACUGAUUUAAUUUAAAAUUAAACUUCAAAAAACAAAAACAGUCCUUAAUUUUCACAAACUCUCAUUUUAAACCAAAAGAGGAGUGAUAUUUUUAGAAAUGUUAAACACUCUUUAAAAUAUACAAUCUUCAUUUUGAACACAACAACUUUAUGAGCCUGAUACUGUUCAGUUAGCGUGCUGAAAGACUGUCAGAUGCGAUGUCCAGGAUUUCCAAAAACUGUCCAUCUUAAAUGGGUUCAGGUCUAGAAUAGUCUUUGGUCUUUCUGGUUCAAGCUGAUAAAUAAUUUCCUCCCCAGUGUUGAAGAUGUGAUGUCCACGAUUUCCAAAAAGAACGUCAAACUGUGACCAUGGGACAGUUUUAAGUUUGUAGAUGCAGUGAUAAACUGUGUUAACGGAUCGGGAUUCUCAGGUGAUUUUGAGCCCACGCUGUGAUUUACACUACAGAGUCCUGUCUGUUUUUAAUGCUGUGCUGCUCAAGGGCAUGAAGAUCAGGACCAUCCAGUAUUGGUUUUGGUCCUUGUGCCUUUACUAUGGAGAUUUUUCCAUAUCUUCUGAAUCUUUUAGUGACAUUAUCUUGUGUAGAUGAUGAAAUCCACUCAUUCUUUGACAUUUUACACUCAAUAACUUUAUUCUAAAACUCCUGAACUGUCCCUCCUGCUGGGUUUAAUAACAGGGGAGGUUUAUACUUUUGGUUCUGCUUCUUCUUCUGUGGUUUUAUUCUGAUCUUUAUUACUGUCAGCUUAAGCAGGCGCUCAGGACAAACCGCCUCCAUGUCUCUGUUCAGGGAUCAGACUGUCUUGUUGUCCUGAACCUCCUGAUCCUGGUCUAAUCCCUGAUGAUGAUCUACAUGGAUCAGGUCCCUGCACAUUCACCUUAAAUAACUUCAGGGACCCCGGAGUGCCUGUUCAAACAUCUGAACAGUGUGUUUUGUGUUAAAGCAGAUUUUUAAAGCUUUAUCAGGAGACUGAAACCUGUACGGAGCUGAAAAACUGCAGAAACACACUGCAAAGAACCAGCUCUUUAAGUAGCAUGUUAGUCCUUUAAACAGAGCUGAAAAACUGCAAAACAAGUCAACAUCCUCCCUGUACAUCAUGAUAUCGGUGUCCAAAUGAGUGGUUUCAUGUGAAGAAGAUGGAUGUUUGGCUUCCUGGCAGCUCCAGAGUCAGCCUGAUUUUAAAAUUGGCAUGAAAGCUAACGAAGUGGACUGUGACAAGAAGCAGAAUCGAAGACGAACUGUUUUGGCAGUACUUCCUAAAUGCUUUUCAAAGUAAAAGCCAGAUCUUUUUUUUUCUGCAGAGACACAACUCUUGUUUUAAUUGCUUUUAUUUUGGAGCUGUGUUGAGUAGACAGAAGUAACUCACACAUAUACACACCCACAAACUCCAUUAAAUUAACCUCUCUGUUUUUUCCUGGACUAUCAAAAUACAAAUAACCAGACAAAAUGACAAUAGCCUUUAAAGUGGAUUCAUGAUCUAAAGAGUAAUUAUAAUUACAAAGAGCCAAACUAAAGUAAAGAAAAAGUGUUUGGUGAAAACUUCCUUUAAAAGAGAACAAGUUCAACUCAUGUUACACAAAGUUCAGAGAGGAAGAUGAAGGCUCUCUGCUCUGAAUGUCAAAGCUUCAUAUCUCUGAGAUGUAAUAAAACUGUGUGUGUGUGUGUGUGUGUGUGUGUGUGUGUGUCUGUGUGUGUGUGAUGGUAUCAGAGGAUCUUGUGUCCUCCUGCAGGAAUGUGGAUAAAUCUGCUGCAGACUCGGCGGCUCCUCUCAACAAAUCUAAUACAUAAAUAAAAUGAAAUAAAAUCAGAAAAUAGAAUUAAAAAUAAAUAAAUAGAAGGACUGCAGAGAGAAACAGAGAGACUGGAAACAUGAGCUGAAGUAACAACACUGCAUCAGACAGAGAGAGAAUUUGUGUUACAUAUGUGACACAGAGUAAAUAUGAUGAAGUAAUCAGAGCAAACGGAUGGAGUUCCUUAAUUUUUGAUGAUGAACUUGACAAAUUUCAGUUCAUCAGACACUACGUUCCUUCAGUGACGAAUACAAAGUACAAAAAUCACUUCUGAUCAUGUCAUCAUAAAUAGAAAAUCAAGAAAAAGACACACAGACAUAAAUUUUUUUUGAAUAUGUUUGAAAUCUGUUCAUUUUAAAAAGCGUCGCCCCGAAUGUUUUAAUACCAAAGCAAUUUAUAGACUGAUUUACUGGACUUGCUGUCUAAUUUUACAAGAAAAAGUUAUGAAUUAAGAUGUUUUCUUUCUCGUCGCCAUUUCUUCUCUAUUAUUGUAUUCUAUUCUUUUAUUUCACUCUUUUAUGUACUGUUCUGAUUAAUUCUAUUUAAUUCAUAUUUGUCUUUUCUGUUUAAUUUAAUUUAAUUUUAUUUAUUAUUUUAUUAUAAUCUGCUUUUCUGGGUUCAAAUCUAUUCUUUUCUACUCUAAUUUAUUCUUUACCUUUGUUUUUGUUUUGUUUUUAUUUAUAUUCCAUUUUAUUUUAUUGGUUUUUCUUUCCUCUCUAUUACCUGCACUAUUCUUGUAUCUUCUAUCCUUUUCAACUUGACAAUCCCUCCCAACAAUUCCUUAAUAAUCAAGAAGUUAAACUUUAAUAACUUGAAGAAUGAAAUUCAAAUCCACCAAACAGACCGGUCUCAAAGUUUGAAACAGCUGUUAUGUGAACUUUCCUUUUGUAGUCAGUCAGAAUAUUUGAGAUUAAUUUAGUCUUUAUUGGAGAGUAUUAAUGUUUCAUUUUCAGGGUUUGGAAAUUCAUGAAAGACUAAAACAGAAGAAAGAACAAAGUAAAUGAAGAACAGAUUUAAAGCUAUUAACAACAGCAGCCUGACUUAACUUUCAGCUAAAUAGUUCAGUUUUAGCUGAAGAGCACACAAGUCGAAUAUAAAACUCUUAAAAGGAGCCAGAAAACAUCAUCCAGAAUGAUGUUUUUUUUACAAUAUUAAAGAUUUACACAAACUUAUUAAAAUGCUUUAAAACGGUUGUGUUUGCAUUUCUGUUGCGUUUUAACAGUCUAAAGAUCGUUCAGAGAAAAAUGCGUUUUCUCCUUUCGUGUCUGAAAACUUCUCAUUCGAUUAAACUCAAAUUUAAAAAACACAAGAUAAAAUAAACUGAACAUCUUCAUGUCCUCAUUGUGGUUGUAAACAAACACACAGAAAAAAACACUGAAGGGGUGUGUGGACGUGGCACUGCUCUUCCUCGCUUUCUCUCUCUCUUUCUCUUGGCGUCAGAUGAAAGGAGGCGGCGUGUUUGGUGUCCCUCUGACGCUCUCUAAGUGUUCCUGUGUGUGUGUAUGUGUGUGUAUUCCUGUGUGUGCGUGUGUACACUGAGCUCAGGUACGAACAAGAAAAUCCCUGUUAAGUUUUCUUGUCUCACUUUGUCGCGAGCUGCGGCGCCGGUGUGCAGAAUGUGACGCCGCCGCGCUGAAACCUGUGGCAGCAGAAGAAGAAGAGAGUGUGUGUUUGUGAGGACGUGUGUGUGCGUGAGGCGGACGCUCUGAUGUCCGGGCCAGACGUGGCGGCUCCCACGGGGCCCCAUGAGCUGAGCUGGGGCGGUUUAUUUGACCUUUGACCUCUGACCAAAGGAGGACGAUGGAAUGGCACUCACAAUGAAGAAGAUGAAGAAGAAGAGAGAAAGAUGGAGGAGGAGAUGAAGAAGAAGAAGGUGUCUGACCACCACUUACUACUCUAAAAUAAAAUCAGGGACCAGUCUGACCUCACUUUGCUCCUGAUGCAUUCUGGGAAAUCCUCAGGUGUACCUGCAGACUAUAUGGUGACUUCAAGUAACCUCGGAAGUCAGAAGUGUUUCAGUUACCAAGUCGGAAAAAAGCAAAAUCAGAAGCCUGAAACAAGAUGGUUACAUCUACGAAAAGUUCCAAGAGUUCUAUGAAUCUAAGAAAGUUAUUUUAGCGCUUGCCUUAUACUCGGACAUAUUCAAUCUAUGCUGCAGACGCAUCGAGCACAUUGAACAAACACUUGUGCACUCUCCGUCUUGCUGGAUACAGAAAAAUAUAACUGUCACCAUCAAGGUCUUUGUUUCUUUGUGUUUCAGGAUUGUGGUCUGAUGAUCCAGCCGGAUCUCUCUUGUGGUCUCCAGCCUUUUACCCCGUCUCAGAGUCCGCUACACACCUGCAGCUCAGGACACCAGCCAGGUAUGAUGUCACAUCCUUUUUCUUCAGAUUAAAAACCUUCACUAGAACCAGAACCAAUAAAACCAGUUAGUAACCUCACCUGUCUUACCUGUUUCAGGCCAGUGGGUGGUUCCAUGUCUCAGCUGUUCUGACAACAGGACGUGUGAUUGGAGGGAGGUUGCCUGGCAACCAGACAACUGUAAUCACCCUAUUGUUGAGCGCCCCCAGCUGCAGGACUGCAUGACGGACAGGAAGGUGAGAUCAGCUAACUUACGAAUCUCUGUCUUACCUUUCCUCCAUCCUGGCUUGUUCCUAGAUAGAUUCCUCCCAUCUGUACACUUCCUCUUUCCUCACCCCCAAUUUCCACCGCAUCUGUAAUGGCUACGAAAAGGCCGUAUCCUCCAAUCGUAGCUGAUCAUAACCAUUCAAGUUGAUGUGUCAAUUUCCACCGGCUUCUGUCCGUUUCGCUGCGGCUUGCCAGACUCCACAGCUAAUCACAAGUCGGGCACAGACACAAAAAAUCCGUCUUCUUUUCAAAAUAAAACACUCCAUGUUUCAGGCAGAUCAUAUUUCACAUCAUGCUAACGGGCGGGGACAAACAAGUGAAAGGUUUUUAGACGUCAUUUCAUCCUGAUGACACCAUGGAUGAGAGCAUGCUGAUUUCAUAAGUCUAGACGUAGAUUUCCUCCUCUGAAAAGACACAAUCUACUGCUUAUAUGGUUAGCCUAUGUGGCUAAAGACAACUUGUUAUCGCGUGAUUGCACGUGAAUCCGCGGGUUCUUGUGAGUUCUCACGAUUCAUGCUGUCCAUGAUUCACCACGAAAUUCACCUCACAGUCGGUAGGAAUUGGCGUACAGCGAAAAUCGCCUCCAUUCCGGGUGCGAUUGAAAUCCCGAGUCAGAAUCCUGUUUAUAGAAACCAAUCAUACACUAACCUUAAAUCAAAGCCUGAUCAAGAUCAGCCCGCCAAAGAUGAUCCGAAGGUGUGACAGGUGUUCUGAUGGUGGAGGUGUCUCACCUGUCUCCUCAGGUGUUAUUCAUCGGGGACUCAACUAAUCGUGGGAUGAUGUACUUCCUAUUGGAGAGGGUGAACUCAAGUCUGGAGGACUGGGGGAAGGCCCAUGACCUGCUGGUCUACGGGAACCUGAACUCGGGGCGGACUCAGGUCAGCUACUCGUACUACCCUCAGUUCUGGUUGGAGAAGAAGCUCAGACCCACCUUCAGACAGGCUCUGCUGCAGCUGAUCCACAGGUGAGCGCACAGGUGCAUUAUCAGUAAAAGGUCAUGAGACAUUGAAGUGCUGAUGGGUGUGUCCUCUGAAGGUCACGACCUCUGGUGAACUCCAACAUGACGGUUCUGGUGGUGGGCGGAGUCCAGUGGCUCAACACAGAUCACUUGAGGACGGUGAGAGAGGUGCUGGACAGGUGAGCACAAACACCUGAGAGACGGGAAAACUUAAAGAGGUUGAACUUCCUCCUAAACAGACUUAUGCAGAAUAUUUCAGAAACCCAGACUCUGAAAGUUUUUAUUUCCUUUUUAUUAAAGGGAAAAAAGGUAAACAAACCACCAGGUCUUGAUGAAACUGUCUUUAGAAAGAUUUUAUUCUUUUUAUUUUCAAAGUAGAUGAUGUCUUUGUGUGACCAUUUGUCAGCUUUAGAGCUGGAUGAUUUGAUAUUUUCAUGUGUACAUCACAGUAUCAUCAGCGUACAGGUUUACAUACAGAAACUAACUAACAGAUGAGCCAACAUGGAGCCCUGCGGUGCCCCUGCUCUGAUUAUCGGGUUUAAAUUAUAUGUAUUGUUUUGCAGAUUAAACAACAAUUAAAUUAAUCUGUACAAAUAUAGAUUGGUCAACUGGUAGCUCUAGAGGACUGAGGUUUGGUCCAAUCUCGGCUAUCGGAUUGUGUAAAUUUCACCGUUAAAGUUUUGAUCUUUAUACUCGUUCUCAGUCUCUGUGUUUUCCUCCUCAGAGAGUCUCUAAGUGAUGUCCUAGUGGUGGUGAAAUCUUUGGGGAUGGGUUUCCAUCUCCCUGUAGACGGGAUCCGCUCUCUCACUCUGGUACGUUCCUGUUUCCUGUUCCAUGAGGACUGAUGAACUCAUCUUCUCUACAUCCCUCAUCUUUUCCUCUUUUUUUCUGUUUUUGGUUACCCACCUCUCAGAGAGAGAUCCAGCAGCUUUACAGAGAGAACACCGACAUCAUCUCCACAGCAAAGCACCAUGGGUAUGAGGUGAUCGACACAUUCAGCAUCACAAUGGGCCGUUACAAAGAAUUCUUGCAGGGACGCUGCGCCUGCCACUUUCACGAGGUAACACCAGUUCAAACCAGUAAAUAACAAGUUUAUUAACUCAGAGCUAAUAAUCAGAGCUGACUAUAAGUGAGGUAAGGAAUGAGAAUAGUUAUUCUAAUCAAUACUUGUACUCUGAACUCUGUUUGUCCAAAGUGUUUGAUUACAGUUUGAUUUUUUCAUGUUCAGCUUGGUGUUCCUCAGGGAGACGUUCUGGGUCCUCCCCAUCUUAUUCAUAAAUGUGUUAUCACUUUACACAGAUGAUGCACAGUUUUAUAAAUCAUGUUUGUCUAAUUUAGGAUUUUUCCACUCAGAUUUAGUUUUGUCCAAGCUGAAUUUGUGCUGAGCAUUAUUUUCCUUAGAGGUUAGGUUUAGCAAUUUCAGCCUCUCAGAUAAAAACCUUGAAAAACUGGCCGGACAGAUUUCUUCUUUUAAAUCAGAUUGAAAUGACUGAUUUCGACUUCUUCUUUUUUCUCUUCUUCAGGUGGAGAAGAUAGAGUCCUUUAGCUUGUCAGAAAACACAACGGUCUCCACAAACAGAACCAGAUCUUCUAGAACCACACCUGGACUCGGCAGCCAAUCAGCCGUGCUGGACACGGACCAGGAGGUAUGGCCAAAAUCCUUGUCCUAUCACGUGAGAGGACCAGUGAACCAGGUGUACUCUGAGAUCCUGCUGAGUCGUCUGUGUCCCAGAACCAGGAACUAG